AGGCGAACACAUCGAGAUUUGGAGGAAGACCCGAGAGGACUCAGCACCAGCACCGAGCCAAUAACAUCAGGAUGGUCGGUACCCUCAAACCUGCCGUGCAGGACUUGGGCCAGCAGGUGCUGCCUUUCCUGAAAAGGCUGACCCCGCAAGAAGUCUUAUCUAUCUGGGGUCAUCUGUCGAACCACGUUCUAAGACAGCUAUCCUUGCACAAAGGGGUUCAGAUUCCCGGAUUUGGUACUUUUAGUUUUGGGACAGAAAAAACGGUCAUGGGAAAAAAGAAGUUCAUUCCCAUAUUUAUCGUGGACAAAAAAUUAAUGGAGCGUCAUGGACUAAAACAAGACCAAAUAGAUGUUCCUGGUGACAUCCCAGUUUUUCCACUGGAUUUUGAUAUGAUAUCCAUGGAAUCCUCGUUUAGGAAGGAUUUGGUAAAACAUUGUGUGAAGGGGACAGUGCAUCAUUUAUCACGAUUCAUUUCCACCAGCAAAAGAGUGAUCUUUCAUCUCACUGGUAUCGGGGUCCUUACCAUUGAAGGCACUAAAGUCCAGAUGCGUUUUUUUGAGGACUUGACCUCUGUGCUGGAUCGAACUUGGGCUAUGGAGGAAGCUGUCGCAAAUAGGCCUGGCAAGGUAGACUCGAUGAUGUCCAGCAGCAAGACCUCGGGGAAGCCACCCAGGUUUCCGUUGAUAUUUCAAAGAACUCAGCUCAAGGAGUCAGAGAAAAGAACACCUGUGAAGACCCUUGUAGCAGAUGGCCAACUUGAAAACAAUGGAGAAGAGGUCGUUCGAGAAAAACAUGCUCGGAGUCCUCUCAAACUGCCAGUUGUAAUCCUUCCCAGGCCUAUGCCUGAUAAUGCUGGAGGUGGUAAGAUUGGGAAGCCUGAAAGAUUUCCAUCUCCACAUUAUAUGAAAAAUGGCAAUAAAAUGAAUCCAAAAUAUUCUCCAGCCCAUCGUUUCUUGGAUCAUAAUGAGGAAAUGUGUGACAUAUCCUUGGAACCAGCACAGAGCAAUAUUACACUGAAUGGUGGCAACAAGGGAAUGAAGAAUGACGGAGAUGGUGUGCAGUUCUAUCAGCACUACAAAAUGUCAAAGGAUGAGGAGGAUCUCCUAAAACACCAGAUACCACACUAUUCCCAACACCUCCAUGAAGAAAUGAAUAACAGAAGGCAAAGGGAAAUAAAACAAAGACUAACCACACAGCUGGUGGACCACCUGGAACAUAGGCAACCCAAGGAACAACACCUGACAGACAGAACUGCUGAAGGGGAGCAGAGGAAGAGAAUGAGCCAGAGCCUACAGGAGGACAGGAAAAAAAGCAUCCUCCAGAAGAGGCAGAGGGAUAAAGCUUUCCAGCGGACGUCAACCAGGCUUUUCCACCUGGAGCAUCGUGACGGAUACCAGCUCCACAACCAGUGCCAGAAAAGCAGCUCCAAGAAGGGCGAGACCCGCCAGUCCUCCCACAACCUGCUCCUGCAUGGCUCCCGCGUGGCUUAACACACCUUUGGAAUCUGUUUUCCUAGGGAAAGUUGUUGAUUUUUAAAAUUUUGGAAAGACAA